AGCAAUCUUGGUAGAAACAGCUGUAAACAGCUGUAGUUGACAGGUUAAACAAUACCAAGUAGCACACAUGUACGAUAUACAUGAAUAAUAUACAAAUAUACAUGUAUAAUAUAUACAAAUGACUUGAAAAAAGUUGCUAUCACAUUCGUCACACGUAACAUUAUAAAUUUUUGGAAUAUUACAAAACACAUUAUUCGCCAUUAUGUGGGACGAAGAUCUGAAUAUUAUUAUUCUACCUACAUUAUCUACCAUGAUUUUCUUUGUAUUCACGGUUAAUUUCUUCCGAUAUCUAAUAGGUAAUUCUCAUAUUCAGAUUAGAGAUGUUACAAAGGAACAUAAUUGGAAAUCAAUCAAAGGAACAACCAAGACGUAUUACUGUAGUAUUUGCGAGGCUCUAUUGUUGAAUCUUGAUGGCAUUUUUUGUGAUUCUUGCGGUGUGUGUGCGGAUCGAGGCUGCAUAAAGCUUGCCGACAAACAGCUAAAAUGCAAAGUAAUAACUUCUAGUAAUGAUCAACCGAUGAAACAUCAUUGGGUCAAAGGUAAUUUACCACUUGUUGCCAUAUGCUAUAUCUGCGAAGAAGAGUGUGACGUAGAACCCGGCCUCACGGACUGGUGGUGUUGUUGGUGUCAAAAAUGUGUUCAUGAAGCAUGUAAAUCUGCCCUCUCUGAAAUAUGUGAUUUCGGAAAGUUCAAAUUAAUGAUUAUUCCGCCAGGAAGUUUGGAAGUGAUAAAUCGACGUAGCACAAUGAGACGCAGGUUACAUCUUCGUUCUAUUAUACCACCGAAUUGGCUUGAUUGGAAUCCAAUCAUCGUUGUAGGAAAUACAAAAUCUGGGAACAAUGACGGUGGCCAAAUUUUAUCUUUAUUUAGAAGAUUGUUAAACCCCGCACAAAUCAUGGACUUAGCUGAACGCGAUCCGGUCGCUGCUCUCGAAUGGUGCCGUUUGUUAGGAAAAACCCCAUCUACCAUACUUGUAGCCGGUGGCGAUGGAACUAUCGCCUGGUUACUGAAUACUAUUAACAAACUUGAGUUAAAGCCUCUUCCGUCUGUAGCAAUAAUUCCUUUGGGGACAGGCAACGAUUUAUCUAGAGUAUUAGGAUGGGGAAAGGCACACGAUUCGGAUUUGGAUCCCGUAGAGAUCCUGAACAAGGUGCAAGCAGCGGAGAGAGUGAUGCUUGAUAGGUGGUCCGUGAUGAUAAAACCAUACGGCGGUCUAGGAUUCAGAGGUUCGUAUCGAACCUUAUUUAUGUACAAUUACAUAAGCGUGGGCGUCGACGCACAAGUUACCUUGAAUUUUCAUCGCACAAGGGAGAGCCGAUUUUACUUCUUCAGUCAUAGGAUAUUUAACAAAUUGUUGUAUUUGUGUUUCGGUACGCAACAAGUCGUGGAAAGAGAAUGCAAAGAUCUCGAGAAAAGUUUGGAGAUUUAUUUGGACGAUAAGAAGGUAGAAUUGCCCUCCAUUGAGAGCGUAGUGAUACUUAACAUUCCAUCUUGGGCGGCUGGUGUCGAUCUAUGGAAAAUGGGAGCAGAAGACGAGGAGAGUUCAGGAGUACAAAGUAUUAAUGACGGCAAGCUGGAAGUAGUGGCUCUUUAUUCUUCAUUCCACAUGGCUCAGCUGCAAGUGGGUCUCUCGAAACCCUAUAGGGUCGGUCAAGCUAGUACGGUGAAGAUAAAAUUAUUGCGAUCAUGCGCUAUGCAAGUGGACGGUGAGCCUUGGUACCAACAUCCUUGCGAGUUCAACAUAACAUAUUGCAAUCAGGCAUCUAUGUUGAUGAGCAAUGAUUUUUGAGUACGUGUGAUUAUACUAAAAAUUUGCACAAAAGCAUUUAUUUAUAUAUUAUUGUUCGAUUACCAGUGUAUGUAUUCGCUAGAGCCGGUUUUAAUUUACCUAUUUGACGAUGGUGAUUAAAAUAUGAUAUUGUGAAAUAUUGUGGAGAUGAACAAAUCUAGUCAAUGUUAUUGCAAGAAAAUGUAUGUAAAU